AAAAUUUUCUUCACCGUGUUUAUUUAUAUAGAUAUAUAUUUUAUUCGUGUAUCAACGAUAUGGAUGCAAAUGAUCCGAUUAAAAAUGACAACGAUAGUUCGUCUCGAAGAUAUACGAUGCGUCGCGUCGACAGGAUGAUACUGUUAGCAAGAUUAAAUUUUCACGCGAAACAAUCGUGACUUAUAUUUUUGUGGAGGUACUGUAUGGCACGGUGCACUGUUUGCAUGGUUGUGUAAUACGUGUGUACGCAACAUAAUAUGGAUAUAAUUGUUCAACGCUGUUGUAUAACACAGGUUCCAGCGUGAAUCCAGUCACGAACGAAACGUUGUCGUGCAAACAUCACGGGACGAUCUCUUCGGCCACAUUGUACGUGUAAUACAACUGCACGGGUGUUGGAUAAUUAACCUUGAAUUGAUCACACGUUUACAUUUGUAAUUUGAUUCGAUACUAAACUACGAUGAAUCAGUCCAAUAUCGAUUCUUUUUACAUCGUCGAUCAACAUGGAUUUGAUUGGUCAUAUCGUCGUUGAAUCGCUGUCUGUCCGUGUACUCAAGAAUCAAUCGAUCGAUCAAAUUUUUAAUUCUCGAAAUACAAUAGGUGAAUCAAAAGUAACUCAUGCUCAGUAAUUUUCUUUAAUUUUCGUACCUAUAAUAUUGAUAUUAGCCACACAGAUCGCUAAAUUUUAAUUGCAUUAAAAAUGACACCAUCGAAUUGUUUGAAAUUGUUAAAUCAGUUGUUCAUCUUGACACGCAAAACGAGAUAAUCAAUUGCACGGAAGUACAGAAUCUAGUAAAUUGUGUUGAAUGUACCGUGAAGGGUCGUGUGGAACUCGUGGUAUGCAAGUGUCGGGUGUGCCGUUCGAACUGACGUGACAUCGUGUUACUAUUCUCAUUGUCGGAGAGAAGCGAGCUAGAUGACCACUAGCGAAAACUAAUUCAAUUCAAAGUGACUAGAAAACAAUCGAUUCGCGGAGAUUUUGAAAGCAAAUAAUUGAAUAAUAUAUCGAAAUAGAAUUAAUCGUACAGUUUUUGAAAAUUUAUAUACAGUAUUGACAAAUUAUUAAAUAAAUUAAAACAAUAUCAAAAAUUGUAUGAAAUAGAAUUAAAAAUCGUUUUUCGAUCGAUAAAGUUCUUUUAAAAAAAUUACAUAUGAAAUCGUUUGAUUCGUAUAUAAUUCGAACGAUACAUUAUACACAAAUAAACGAAAGAAAAAAAAUAAACGAAUUAUCAAUUCAUUACAAUUAGAAAUAAUCAAAUAAUAAUACCAAUGAAAACAAAGAUAACACGUAUAAAUAUUAGAUUAAAUGGUUUUAUUAUGAUUUUAUGGUAUUGUUCUACAAACGGUGCAAUCAUCACACUAUGUGAUUUUGUGAAAAAUUAUUGGUAAAAAUAGAAAAUUACACGAUCCGGAUGGUGCGAGAGAAAAAAUGGAAGAAGCGAAACAUGCGUGGGCUACUUUGAAAUCGGUCAGAAAGCUAUCAUUAUUGAAUAGUAAUAACAAUAGCAACGGAAACGGCAACAAGAGUAAUUCAAUAUGGUACGAUAUUCCAGCGCCAGUGAUAAUUCACUGUUGUCACGAAUUUCCAGACAUAGCCAAAUCCGAUGAUGCCGAAUUGAUCGAGAAACGAACGAUCGUUGCGAUUGAGAACGAGCAGUCGACGACCGAUAUUCAGGGUAAUAACGGGCUGGAGAAAUACGAGAAUGAGGAGACGAGAGAGAAGCGACACAAAAAUACUGUCGAAUUGACCGCAGUUUCCACUGUGAAAACCGACAAUGACGGAGUGCCGAAGAUAAGCUUCAGUUUUCUACACGCGAAUGAUAAUCCUGCAAGAUCUGUCCUCGAGAAAAGUGCGGUUAUGACGACCGUGACCACGACCACGAGCACGAUCGCGAACGAGAAUGGUAAAGAUGAAUCUACGCAAGAUGAAUUGUAUGACUUUCCUAGGAAUUCAUACGUGCUCGAUGAAAUCGAAAGCGAGAAAGUCGUAGAAAGCGAACACAACUGCGAGGAUGAGGGCGAGAUAGAGACGGACGGUAAUGAAAUUCGUAUCGGCCAAACGAAAUUCCACGUGGAAUCGAUUGAGGUUGGAAACGUAAUCAAUUCACCGAAAGAAACGUGCGAUGUGUCCCACGAAGAGAUCGAAUCGUCGUUGGAGAAAGUGAACAAUUUGUACGCGAACGUAAGAAAUCCAAAUUCGUACGAUCGAAGAGAGGAAAAGAAAUAUGUCAGAUCGGAAAGCGACGGAUGUGAUGCAAAAUUUGUAUCAAUCUCGGGAUCUUAUUCAGAUCCUGAAUAUUCGAACGAUACUUUCUCGAAUGUCACCCGACCAAACGGAUUGUACCCAAAGAAACAUCGGCUGGGGAAAGCAUGGGAGAAAAUGCGAACUUGGCUACGCGACGAAACCUCUCGAAUCAACGAGAUUGUGAACAAACACGCGAAAUUGCAAGCUGUCGGUGCUCUUUCCGGCGGAGAAUCCGUUGCUCCUACAGUUUCCAAGUCCAACAGUGCCUCUUAUGACCUGCUCAAGGCGAAAACUCGGGAAUUGGGAUCGAUCACCAGAAUCGAGGAAUUCGGUUUGUCCUCUCUGUCGAAAGAUGAUGUAAAUUCAUCUCCGGAAAAAGAAGUGGUCGUUUCCGCGAAGACGAGUGCAGGAGAGCAAGUGAAAAAUAAUGGAAAUGGUUUAAGGAAAAAUAUCGCCACCUCGGAGACCGUGUUGAAUGAGAAGAGUGAAACGAUAGUUCCCCCGGUUUCUUUCAGCAUGGACAAGCUUUGUUCUGACACGGAGAACGACGAGAGAGACAACGUGGUCACCGAAGAGACCGAGAGCAGGGAUCAUGCUCGAAAAGCAGGUCUAAUUAAGAGGAGAAUGCUGGGGUCAAUCAGAGGGUUAAUGGCCUCCACUCAUCUUCUUCAUUCAUCUUCUGUUCACGAGAUCGAAGAGGGAGGACAAGGUGGAUUUGAAGAUGUUCGAAGGUACGUAAAACAAGGUGGCGAUUUUUGCAAGGAAUUGGCAUCGAUUCUACAUGAAAGAGCGGAAUUAGAAGCGAAUUAUGCCAAAGGACUUAAUAAAUUGGGAAAUAAAUUGAUUAAAGCAUGUGCAAAGGAUCAAGGUGGUAACGGUAGCGGAGGCGUGAACGAGGCAUGGAGAUGUGUCGGCGAGGAGAUGGAGGCUACUGCUGAAGCUCAUAGGCUCUGGGGAAUUACGCUUAGCGAACAACUCGCCAAACCACUUAGAGUAGGAGUAGCAGAGGCUCAAGCGCGUUCGAGAAAAUCUAUCGAGAAUUCCGUGGAUAAAGCUGGGAAAUCUCUCCAUGAGUGGCGUAACAUUGCAAUCAAAAGUAAAAAACAAAGUUUCGCUUGCGCGCGAGAAAAUGAGAGGUUACAAGAUUUAGCGAGGCUGCAAACGAUCAGUCAGAGUCAACAGACCAAUAACAAAUCUUCAACUCAUAUGACGGAGAAGGAAGCUAAUAAACUCGAAGCGAGGAGGAGAAAGGCCGAGGAUUCAUCCCGCAGGGCGGACACGGAAUUUUAUACAGUGAGUGUGAGAGCUGAAAGAGCUAGGCUUGAAUAUGAAAGCACGAUGAGGAAAGGGGCUAAGCAAAUGGAACUUCUUGAGGAAGAACGAUUAAGCGCUCUAAAAGAUCUCGCGAAUGUUUAUCUAGCUCACCUGCAAGCUUUAGCUCCCCGUUUGCAACAGAUUGCAGACCGUUUGGCAGCUCCUAUACGUAAUUGCAAUGUAUCCCAAGAUAUUGAGAUUUUAAAGAAUCUUAUACGCAGGGUGGAAAGCAAUGAUGGAUGUAACUCUGAACAACUAUUACCAGAUUUCUAUGCUGAACAUGUUACUCUAGCAAUGAAUAGAGAACGUCGAAAACAAGCGUUGGUAAGAGUUCUUCAUUUGAUCAGACAAGACUUGGAGCGUGAAAAACGCGGAAGAGAAGGUCUAGAAACUCUUCAUAGAGCUUUCAUUGCAACACCUGCAUUCGCGGCAGAUGAAAGUACACAAAAUGUAACGGAGAAGCUACAUCAUAUGCGUUCUAUGUUAGUAUAUCUAGAGGCAGCAAGGUAUAAAGUUGGAGGAACAUUAGCAGAAGUAGAAGGUAGCAAACGAAUAAAACAUCCAUUGGCUGAACAUAUUUUAGUUUCAAGAGAUAAACAAGGUUUACAGCAAAGUGUCCUUAAGAUUCCUUCUUGGGCAAAGAACGAAUCGUUCGAGAUUCAGGAUGAUGAAGACGAAAUGGAUGUCCAUCUCGUAAAGGAUCACGAUACUGAAAGUCGUCAUUGGGCUGAUCGAACUGCUGGGGAUGGUAACUCGGAAAAUCCACCGGAUGAGGAUGACUUUAGUGAUUUUGAUGAAUUCAGCAGUCAUUCUGAAGAUAAUAAUAAUCAAGAUAUCGAUACUGCCGAAACGAAUGCUAAAUCCGAUGGAACGGAACAAUGUAGAGCUAUUUAUCAAUAUUCAGCAAAUUUAAAUGACGAGCUUAGUCUAAGUCCUGGAGAUUUAAUUACAGUCCAUCAAAAGCAACCAGAUGGUUGGUGGAUAGGUGAAUGCAGGGGACGAACUGGAAUAUUUCCAGCCACUUAUGUUCAAGUUAUUCAUUAAUCGAUUCAUCCGAUAUUAAAGAUUAAAAAUAUAUUCUUCUAAUUAUAGAAAGAGAAAAAGAAAAACAAAAACAGGUGAGUGUAAUAAUGUAUGAAAAAUAUUCACAAAAUGCAAUUAAUAUAUAAAAAAUAAAUGACAACGAAAGAUAUUAAUCAUACAUCAUUGAUGAAUUACCAAAGUAUGCUACAAACUUAAUGUGGCCUUUUUAAAUAUUAAAUUUAAAACUGUACAAAGUAACAUUUUUUACUUGAGUAAGAAAUAUAACGCACUAAAAAAUUGCUAUAUUAUUAUAUGUCGCGAAAAUAUUUUUUAAACAUAUACACGCGUUAAUAUCAUUUCCAAAAAAACAUGUUAUUACAUGUUUGUUUAUUAAAGUGCCAAUAAUAACAUAUAUAAAGACUAAUGCACAAAAUCAACUUUCGAAAAAGUUCAUCGCCACAAUAUUAUAAAUCAUAAUAAAAAAAAAAAAAUGUUUA